UUCUCGGUUGUUUUUUCUAUUUAAGCAAUGUGAAAUUUUAAUUGGAAUUAAACAAAGUCAGAUAGAGUUGAAUUUAUAUUAGAUUAUUCAAUAGUGUUUUUUUUUUAAUUAUUAGUCAAAUUCUCAUCUUCCUUCUCGAUUGAUAAAUUUUGAUUCAUCCCUUUUUUUCUUUGUUAUUAGAGGUUUUAAUCAAAUUACUUUUAGAGGGGAAUGAUGGAUGUAGCUUCUGAUCAUCAAGCCACAAGCAUUUGCACUCACUGCGACAGAGCGAUUCCUUCUUCCAAUCUCGAUUUGCAUGUUGCUCACUGCUCUCGAAAGCUUGAAAGAUGUAAACUCUGUGGAAAUAUGGUUCCGAAAAAACAUGCAGAUGAACAUUUCUUGAGUACUCAUGCUCCUGUAUCUUGUUCCUUGUGUAGCGAGACUAUGGAGCGUGAGGUAUUAGCCGUUCACAAAGGUGAAAAUUGCCCACAAAGGCUUGUGGCAUGUGAGUAUUGCGAGUUUCCAUUGCCUGCAACUGAUUUAUUUACGCAUCAGGAUGUAUGCGGGAAUAGAACAGAACUCUGCCAGCUGUGUAACGGAUAUAUUAGGCUCCGUGAAAUAAUGGUCCAUGAGAGUAGAUGCAAUGGAGGCACAGAUUACAUCUCGGGAUCUUCCAGUGACGGAUCGAUUUCUUCUUCUAAUGCAGAAGAACAAUUUUUGAGCAAUGAUGCACUGGAAGCUUGUGGGGAUAAAACAGAACGCUAUCAUCUGUGUAGCAGAUAUAUUAGUCUCCGUGAAAGAGAUGUUCAUGAGAGAAGGUGUAAUGGAGACACAGACAUCAAUUCAGAAUCUUCCAGCAGCACUAAUCCGGCUGAGAGAGAUCGCGGUGCUUCUAGAAGGAAGCUCCGUGCAGUUCCCGAGACGCGGCUUCUAUUUACAACACUUGCAAUAACAGGCAGUGCUGUUUUGGUAGGCACACUUGUUUUCCAGAGGAAAACUGAAGACACUCAAGCUUCCUAGCAGAUUUACUGUAAUGAUCCCAUCAACUUAUACUUUUAUCAAGUUAAAAUAACAAUAUCCGAACCUUCGGGGUGGCCCAGUGGUUUGAGCUUGGGACUUCUAUGUUGGAGGUCUCAAGUUCGAAACCCCUUGCCAGCGAAAGCAAGGAGUUUGCCUUUACCUCUCUUAUGUGGUUUGCGAGCUAUUGCAUAGGAGCAGGGUUUCACCCUGUGCGCACCCAAAAGGAGUAGCGGUUGCGGGUUUCCCUUGACGUAAAAAAAAAUAACAAUAUCCGCGUCUUAGAGUUCAGAUGUAUUUACUUGUUAAACUUUAUAUAUGUUUAAGUGUCUACUUGUGUUAUGUCUUUUAUUUUGACUUGUCCAUCUUAAAUUUUGCAUGUUCUUUAAGACGUAAUGAUUAAUAUAUGUAUUUUAUCACGAGAUACAUGUAUUAUUUUAAGUUAGGAUAAAGUAUAAAAAAUAUUAUAUUUCUAUCUUGAUAUAUGAAAUAUUUAUUUUUAUUAUUGUGAAUAAGUAAAAUGGAGAUAUAUAAGUGAAAAUGACAUAGUGAAAGAGGGGAAACGAGUACGAAACCUAACUAUAGGUGGACCACAAUUCUCACUUGUCUUAUCUUUAAAAAAAAUAUUCAAAUUAAAUCGUGAAUAAAAAACAAUUUUAUUAUAACGAUAUUAAUAUUAUGUUUGUACACCCCUUAAUAAUUAUGAUAAUUUUUUAGUAUAAUUUAGAAUUGAAAAUUAAUAUCUUUAGUUCAAAAUAGAGUUUAGUAGUUGAAAGAAUAAUUUUGAUUGUUAUUAAUAAAAAAAUUGGUGAAUUUAGUAAAAGUAAACAAAAAAAAAUAUAUUCUAAUCAUUGAUAAACAUUAAUCUACCUCGCAAUUUCAAUUCGAGAUAAAAUACAUGUUAAAAAGACUAUCAAUUCAAUUUCAUAACUAAUUGUUACGUUUCAAUAAAAUCCAAUUCUGAUAUGAAAAUUCAAAUUUAAAUAUGAAAAAUGAAAAAAAAUAAAAAAAAAUAUAACUAAUAAUAGAGUGUAAUGAGGAAAACAUACGACAAAAUGAAGCUUGUUUUGUCUUUUUGAGACAGAUUCAGAUUUAUCUCUUCUACGUUAAGCAUUCUAACAAUUAUUCCUUUUCAAAAAAUUC